GUAUCACAUGAGUUGAAAUUGGCUUUGUUUAUCGGCAUCCGUGGCUGGAAAUUCUCUGGUCGUAACCUAUACUUACAGUAGUCCAGUACCCUGCCUCUCAGAACAUUGUGCGCCCACAUCGCUUAGUUUAUUCGCACUUCAUAGUUAUAUCGCGUCUAACAGUUUAGUUUAGGAAAAAACCCUUGCCUUGCUCAUACGCGUCCCUUGCAUCGACCUCCAAUAGCCUGCUAAAGCCUGCAACAGUCUGUGGUACUAUUUAUACAGCAAGGGUACCCAUCCUAACGCGCGCGAUUGUCGUUGGACGAGGAGCUUCCAUGACCGAUGCACCGACCAGCCCUGCUCGUCAGACACAGGAGGCCGAAGCCACAAAGGUGGUGGUGAUGGGCGAGGAGGUUGUGGCCAAUGAAAAGGCCGCCUCCGCCAUCAAGCCCAUCAAGGAUGAGUGCGAGGCGGACCUGGCGGUGGUGCUGCCGAUGCUGAACAACGCGCUAAGGGCUCUGGACAGUUUGACGAAGGCUAAUAUUACGGAGAUAAAGAACAUGAAGAACCCACCCAGGGCGGUGAAGCUGGUGAUGGAGGCGGUGUGCAAGAUGCUCAGCAUCAGGCCCAACAAGGUCAACGACCCAGCCAAUCCAGCGCGCAAGGUCAACGAUUACUGGGCACCAUCAAAGGCCUUGCUGGCGGAUCCCAAGUUUCUGGAAAUGCUGAUGAGGUACGACAAGGACAAUAUCCCGCCGUCCAUCAUCUCUGCCGUACAACCGUACAUGGCGAUGGACGAGUUUGACCCCAAUGCGGUCCGCAAGGCCUCAGCCGCCGCUUACGGCCUGUGCUGCUGGGUACGAGCCAUGGUAGAGUACGACAAGGCUGUAAAGGUUGUUGCCCCCAAGAAAGCCAAGCUGGCGGAGGCGGAGGCGGCGUGCAGCGAACUGAUGACGGCGGGUCCGAACGCCACGAAGGCAGAGGCGGAGGACAAGACGGCUGAGCUGCCGCAGGCACAGGACAGGCAGGCUGAGCUGCCGCAGGUGGCGGGGGACCCAGUGGCGCAGGUGGAGGGACUCAACAAGCAGCUCUGCUGCUCGUGCCCACUCGCAAACGGGUCUGACGGGAGCCCCCUGAAGGGGCGCUUCGUGGUGCCUGCUGAGGAGGUGCGGCAGCUGCUCGCCAGCAGCGGCAAGACGCUGGAGGAGCUCCUGCACUCGCUCAUCACACCCGCGUCCAAGCUUGCAUGGCCGCCGAUAUCGGGGUUCUGCGUCGGAGCGGUGGCCCUAGGCGGCUCGGGUAACGUGUACGUGGGAGUCAAUGUGGAGUUCCCUGGGGCGCCGCUAAACAACUCGAUUCACGCGGAGCAGUGUCUGCUGGUGAGCUGCCUGCGGCGAGGGGAGACCUGCAUCCGCGCACUGGCAGUGUCCUCGGCGCCGUGCGGGCACUGCAGGCAGUUCUAUGCGGAGGUGAAGGACGUGGACUCCCUGGAGUUCAUCUUCGGCUCGGACGCGCAGCCCAAGUACCUUGGGGACCUGCUGCCUGAGCGCUUCGGACCCGCAGACCUGCAGUCUGAGCCCUUCCCGCUGCUCCUAGAGCGUCAGAGCCACAACGUGGUCUGGCAGGCGGAUGCAGAGGCGCAGCUGGCGGCGCGGGGCGGCGAGGAGGCCUUCCAGCGGGCAGCGGAGGCGGCGCUGCGGGAGACACGGCAGUGCUACGCGCCCUACACGCGCUGCCACUCGGGUGCCUCGCUCAUCACGGCGGGCGGGCGGGUGUUUGCGGGAGGCUACAUCGAGAGCGCCGCAUACAACCCCUCGCUGUCGCCCUUCCACUGCGCCGUGGUGGAUGCAAUCACCAGCUACGGGAUAACGGCGUACGACCAGAUCGCAGAGGUGGUGUUGGCUGAGCGGCCGGGUGCCCCGGUGCAACAUGCAGCCAACAUACGACUGUUGCUGGCGGCAGUGGCACCCGCGGCGCGACUGACGGUGCUGCCGUUGGCGUGAGAGGGGGGAAAAGAGGAAACAACUAACUGACCGCUGGCGCGAGGCGGGGAGGGAGGGCGCUGCGUGUGGCACAAACGUUGUAAUGUGUUCGGGUGGGGAGCUGGCGGCAUUCGCUAGUAGUGGUAGUAGUGCGAUAGCGGAGCGGUAGGUAGCGGGAUGAAAAGAGAUGAGUGUGUUCAAGUGUCUGUGGGGAAGGGGCCUUGUGAGAACGAUGAUGACGACAUGCUGCCUGCUCGUGACGCCCGUACGAGCCAGGAAGCUCAUGGACCGCUGCAAAAGCCGAACGCAUAAAGAGCGUGUUACCGUGUGCCGUUCCGUGUGCUGCACGAUGUGUACUGAACGUGAGGGGUUGGUGCGAACGCCUUCUGUGUGGAACUGGCCUUCUGUGAUUGUGGCCUUCUGUGUGUUAAGAAAACUGGCCGCGGCCAGUGUGUUCUGUGUGUGUGUAUACCUAAGAGCCGGCGGCCGUGAGCCUCGCUGCGGUGCCGAGCGCGUGGAACGGAGGUGGUGAGGUUUCGGCUGUGGUCAAGUAACAGGGUGGUGCGAAACCUUAGCGGAGCGUUGAUGGGAUGGGUGGGCGGAUUGAUGUGUGCUGUGCGCAUGACUUG